AUGGCCGCCAUUGAUCGGAAACCCUCCAAUGACACGGUCGAGAAGGGCCCCGAGUCCGAGACCAAAAGCGGAGAGAUCCUGCCCGCAGCCGGUGAUGACCGAACUCAGCUGCACCGUGGUCUCAAGGCUCGCCAUGUUACCAUGAUUGCCAUUGGCGGUGCUAUCGGCACCGGUUUGAUCAUUGGUACUGGUUCCGGACUUGCUCGCGCUGGGCCUGCAUCGGUUCUGAUUUCCUACUCUAUGGUCGGCUUCCUCGUCUACCUUGUCAUGUGCGCUCUGGGCGAAAUGGCUUCAUGGUUGCCUCUUGGAAGUGGUUUCACUGGUUAUGCUACCCGAUUCUGCGAUCCCGCUCUCGGCUUUUCCAUGGGUUACACUUAUUGGUUCAAGUAUAUUAUCUUGUCUCCGAACCAACUCACCGCUGCUGCCUUGGUGCUUCAAUAUUGGUGUCCGGCUGAGAAAGUUAAUCCAGGAGUCUGGAUUGCCGUCUUCCUUGUUCUCAUCGUUGCCAUCAAUUACCUCGGUGUCAAGUUCUUUGGCGAGUUUGAGUUCUGGCUAUCCAGUUUCAAGGUCAUUGUUAUCAUUGGCCUCAUCAUUCUCUCUCUGGUUCUCGUGCUUGGCGGAGGGCCCGAUCAUGACCGCAAGGGCUUCCGAUACUGGCACCAUCCUGGUGCCUUUCACGAGUACAUUGAAACUGGUUCCACUGGCCGAUUCCUCGCUUUCUGGGCAACCAUGGUCCAGGCCACUUUUGCAUUCUUGGGCACGGAGCUGAUCGGUGUCACCGUCGGCGAGACCCAGAACCCUCGCCGCAACAUUCCUCGCGCCAUCAAGUUGACCUUCUGGCGUAUCGUGGUCUUCUACAUCGUCACCGUUCUGCUGCUCGGCAUGCUGGUGCCCUAUGACUCCCCCGAGCUCAUCUUCGCCAGCAAGAAGUCCAACUCGGCUGCUGCGUCUCCCUUUGUUGUCGCCAUCAAACUAUCCGGCGUCAAAGUUUUGCCUGGCAUCAUGAACGCGUGCAUCUUGCUCUUUGUCAUUUCGGCCGCCAACUCGGAUUUGUACAUUGCCAGCCGUACCCUCUACGGUCUUGCAUCUGAGGCCAAGGCACCUCGCAUCUUUGCCUACACCAACAAUGCGGGCGUCCCCGUUUACUCGCUGGGAUUGUCUGCGUCGAUUGCUCUUUUGGCCUUUAUGAAUGUUUCGAGUGACGCCAAGGUUAUUUUUGGUUAUUUCGUCAACCUCGUCAGCAUUUUUGGUCUCCUCACCUGGAUCUCCAUCCUGGUCAGCCACAUUUACUUUGUGCGUGCUCGCAAUGCCCAGGGCGUGCAAGACCACGAGCUUGCCUACAAGGCGCCCUUUGGCAAAUGGGGCUCGUACGGCGCGCUUGCCUUCUGCAUCCUCAUCGCCAUCUUCAAGAACUUCAAUGUCUUUGUGCACAACCCCAGCACCUAUGGUAACUUUGACUACAAGAACUUUAUCACUGGUUACCUUGGCAUUCCGCUCUAUCUGAUCAUGAUUCUCGGUUACAAGGUCCUGAUGAAGUCGCCUGGUGUCAAGCCCGAAUCGGCAGACAUUUGGAGCGGCAAGGCUGCGAUCGAUGCCGAGGAGCAGGAAUUUCUGGCUCAGGAGGCUGCCCAGCGCGGCCAGGAGACUCGUGCGCAGAAGUGGUACCGGUACACUCUUGGAUGGCUCUUCUAA